AAUAGGGAGAGUCAGUCAUGGUAAGACUAGAGCGCAGGACGCUUCCUGUCUGUUACAGUUUUAUCAUAUUUUCAGGUGACUCUCAAUUACUACCUGUCGAGCCGAUAGACUUUGCCACGUCGCGUCAUGCAAUGUUACUACAACACGUAAAUGUUGCGGUAGGAAAGAUAUUCCCGAAAUGCUAUAGUAAUCCGAGACUAGCCUAUAGAACAGGUAUCUUUUUACAUUGGCAAGAGUAAUUGGUAUCCGCCAACAAUUUCUGACAUUUUGCAAGUUUGAACUUAUGCCUCGACUUGCGUAGCAAAAUUAUAGUAAAAAUCGACGAGCGUUUAUUAUUUGUGCCGCAGCUUUCAAGCGUGAAAUAGAUGCCGAGUCAUGCUGGCGCAUAUCCAGCGAGAGCACAGUAUCAAUAAAAUAUUUUUGUCGUGCUUAGGUCUCUGGCCGUUUCAAAGUAAACUCGCGAGAAGUCUGAUACCGAUUUGCUAUCUCGCGAUUGAAAUAAGUUACUACCCGCUCGAGGUAUUGAUGAUAUAUGAUCAUUGGAAGGAUACCCGAUUGCUCUUCGACUGCGGUUCUCAACUUGUUUUGUUAACUACCUUUGUCGCAAAACUGUUGAACGAGUUGUUGAAUCACGAUAAGAUUCAAAGUUUAUACGAGACUAUGGACAACCAUUGGAAUAUAUUUAAAAGUGAAUCGGAACUUCAAAUUCUUAAAAAUUAUUCCACCAUAUCACGAAAAUUUACAAUAUUUUACGCGUUGAUGAUGUACUCUAUGGUAACAAUAUUUAUAUUAAUCCCAUUAACACCGGUUUUCCUCGACAUUAUAUGGCCUCUUAAUGAAUCACGCCCACGACUCUUCGCGGUCGCUGUAGAAUUGAGGAUAGAUCAAGAGAAAUACUAUACACCGGUUUUUUGUUACAAUAUCAGUAUAAUAGUGUUGGGCGUGAUUAUCAUGGUUGGUGUCGAUUCUAUUUACGUCGUUUGCACUGCACAUGCUUGCGGUUUAUUCUCCAUCAUCAGUCAGCAAUUCGAGGAGGUACUAUCAAAGUUGGAUAUCGCAAAACAAGUUAGCAAAUAUGAACGUUGCUUGAACGAGAAAUUCAAAUUGUCGAGCGAAAAAGAAAUGUAUCAGCAAUAUAUAAUAUGCUUGAAAAAAUAUCAGCUUGCUUUAGAGUUUGUCAAUAUAUUAAAUUCAAUAUAUCAAGUCAUUGCAUUAUUUCUAUUAUUGUUGAAUGGUAUAACUAUAAGUCUGGUUGGAAUUCGAGUCGUUUACAUAUUAGGUCAAUUGAAAGAAGUAGCGAGAUUUGGUUUUAUAAUUAUUGGCAUGUUAGUACAACUCAUGAUUAUUUGUUAUUCUGGUCAAAAGCUAAUGGACGAAAGUCAGAAUGUAUUCUAUCAAGCGUACGCUGUGAAAUGGUAUAAAUUCUCACCGAGACUGAAGUCGCUGUUAAUUAUAACUCUUUAUAGAAGUAUUGUCCCCUCUGGUUUAACUGCAGGCAACAUGGUUCCAUUGUCAAUGGCGACUUACGCUACGGUGGUACGGGCGGCCUUAUCUUACUUUACGACAUUUUUAUCAUUCAAAGAAUAGUUAUUUUGUAUUACGUUUAUCUCAUAUUGUUAGA